GUGCACUUUCCAGUCCUGCCCCACCGCUCUUACCACAUACUGCAACGAUGCCCCCCUCAACAAACCCCAUGCACAGGAUGAAAGUUAUGGGAGACUGUUUCAAAUUGUACGUUCGGAGGACAGCACAUCGUGAGAACCUUGAACCUUCCACUCGUACGAACUUGGUGGGUCUUUCCAUAUUAAGUUCAUCUGCUGUUCAUUGGUCACGGGAACCCCACUCGAGAAAGCUCUCGAUAACUUAAAAGGACCUCAUCUCUCCGAUCGAUGAUUUUUUUAAUCUUCCUUUGUUACAUCCAAAUUGAAAACAGGCUUUCCGGCUUUUCCUCAACACUUUUUUAUUGAAGCUACUCACGAAGGAUUCAAGAGUUUGUCUCCUUGUCAUUGCCGUGGAUAUCACAUCACAGACCACGUAGGAAAAGGGUACAAGAGUGCUCUUGGUUGUCCACCCAGUCAUCAAUACAAAACCACUUCUUGGUGCAGUGCCUCAGAAUACUAUUGUUGAGACAUUGAGACCGUCGUAUUGCUGUGUAUCCCAAGAAGAUACCGCCUGAACCAUACACUCCCCCCUACACGCUCCAAGCUCCAGCUUCGCCAUUCACCAUCCACACACAUACUAUAUUUCCCCCCCAAAUCUUGUCGUGACUGCUAGAAUAUUUUCUUUCAGCUCUUGCUAGUCUUAUAUGCAUUGAAGCUACUGAAACUGAUAGGCGUCAUUCUUUCCUUCCUGGCACACCUCCAUCCUCCAAGGUACGAUUUAAGAGAUCUUCAAAAAUGACCGUGUAGAACUUUUUACUAACACCUAUCAGAUGAUGGCAAUCACACAAACCGCGAAAGACUACCCUGGUAGCGGAAUGACCGAAGUGGACCAAAAAGAAGAACCUCAUUUCAUGCCCACGCAACAAGAAGUUGCUCAAAUCACCCUGUCAGGCCUGAACCUCCUCCUCGCAAUGGUGAUCAUGUGCUUCAGCAUCAACACACUAGAACCCAUUCUCUCCUCAACUCUCCUCUUCGUCACUCUCCUCUUAGUUAUUAUCUAUAGAGAUUACUGGAAUUUUCUCUCGCUCGGUCCUGGCGGGACACCAUCAACUUUCCUUGGCUACAUGAAAAUCAGCUUCUUGCGUUUAGUAGCACUGAAAGAUGUUUACACACCCGACCAAUGUCCAUCCAGAAUCUUCCCGGCAACCGGUUAUUAUCAGCGCACAAACUCUUGGGUGCCAACAAGAAAUGGACCCCGACCAAGAAUCGCAGGUAUCGCCCCCCAACGACAAAUCGACCAAACUGGCUGUCCAAAAAUGUACCAAGUCCUCUGCUCCUCAUUGAGAAACAUCCCUUCCCUCCAUCCAACCAAAUUUCAAGUCGGGCAAUCUUGCUUCGAGAAAAAGGGACUAGCACUCUUUGCUACCAACCCCAUCAACACGACGUGCAGAGGCGAGAUCGUACAUGUCCACCACAGUGAUAGGAGUAUGCAUCUCAACCUCCACCCCGACGAUGCGAAGAUUGUUUUAGAGAAAGGAUGGGGGGAGCGUCAUCCACUGGCCAAGGGAGGCUGGAUGACGCAGUUUGUUCCUAGGACUUUUGUGAUGAUUUAUGCCCCAAGGAAUCAGGCCGAGUUGGAUGUUGUGGCUAAGAUCAUUGAGGCGGCUGGUUUUUGGUUGUCGGGGGAACGAUUUGCGAUGGAGGUUAAUGGAGAAAGGGAGCGAUAGACCUCUUGCGUUUGAGCUUGAUGACUUGGGCCUUUUAGACUGAAUCGUUCUUUGAAUGGUCAUGGUCUUGUUUAGGAGAUAUGAGAUAUGAAUUUGUCAAAAUUGGGAUUUGGGAUUGUACUGGGUUGGGUUAGAGGGAUUUUGUGGAGUUCAGGAUUGGGAUUGGAUCGGGAUUGGGAUUGGGAUACACCAUUGUUGCUCUUCUUGGGCUUCUGUCUUCUGCUUAAUGCUUUUGAUCACUAGUAGCUCCCUCGCGGGCUUGCGAUGUGUUUACCUAGAUUGUUCAUGAUAGCUACCUAGAAUGCCGGAUCAAAAG